AUGUCGGACACCAAGAACGACAACGACUCGUCCGACCUGAACCUGUACUUCUACUCGCCCUCGACCGCGGCGGCCGUCAUCUUCUCGGUGCUGUACUUCCUCCUGACCCUGUGGCACGGGUACAUCAACUUCGUGGCGACGCGCCACACCACGUACAAGCACAAGUACACGAUCCCGCUCUUCGUGGCGUGCGUCAUCUCGACGGCGGGCUGGUCGGUGCGGAACGCGUCGAUCCACGACCUCGACUCGAUCCCGCUGUACGCCGUGAGCGCGUCGUACAUUGUCAUCUCGCCCAUCUUCGUCUGCGCCACGCUGUACCUGCUGCUCACGCGCCUGAUCCGGACGAGCCUGCCCGCCGAAGACGGCCAGCACCAGCAGGUCUUCUUCCGCAUCCGGCCCGGCUGGCUCGGUCGCCUCUUCAUCACCUCGGACAUCGUCAGCUUCCUCACGCAGUGCUCCGGCUCCGGCAUCGCCAGCUCCGGCAACUGGGAAGGCGACCUCAAGACCGUGGGCACCAACGUGCUGCUCGUCGGCCUGAGCCUGCAGCUCGCCACGUUCACCGUCUUCCUCGUCGUCCUGGGCAGGUUUGUCAGGCGCGUGAGUCUCAGAGGAGCCAAGGACCGCGGAGGAGCCGCAGCAGGAUGGGAUCCGCGUGUGAGAAAGGUCGUGUGGGCGGUGUGGAUCGCGGGAUUCUGGAUCCAGAUCCGCUCCAUCUAUCGAGUCGUCGAGUUCGGCAUGGGCAUCGACGGAUACCCCUUCACCCACGAGUGGUGCCUGUACGUCCUCGAGGCGCUGCCCAUGUUCAUCGCCCUCACGGUCCUGGCUCUCUACCACCCUGUCAAGUACAUGCCGCAGACGACGACGACGACGACGGAAUAUGCCCUGCAUGAAAACACACAUGGGAGGAGGGGUCGCGCGAAACGAUCGAAAGGAACUCACCGCGUCGGGUUGGACAAGACGAAGCCCGGAUUCGCAAACACAAACAGCGCAGUGUAG